AUCACAGCCCGCCGCACACACGCACUGUUCCUCCAUUUCCACAACACGUUGCUGCGACACAACUGCUAAAAGACGAGCUGGGAGAAGCUGCUCCUGUGUCCAGCCGCGUCGUCGUUUAAAAGCACGUUUGUGCCGUACGAGACGCUGAACAAACGUUUCAGGGCGGCUCAGAAAAACAUCGACCGGGAGACGAGUCACGUGACGAUGGUGGUUGCCGAGCUGGAGAAGACGCUGAGCAGCUUCCCGGUAGUCGACUCUGUGGUGUCACUGCUGGAUGGUGUAGUGGAGAAACUCAGCGCCCUGAAGAGGAAGGCUGCUGAGUCCAUCCAGGCGGAAGAUGAGAGUGCCAAGCUGUGUAAGCGUCGCAUUGAGCACCUGAAGGAGCACAGCAGUGACCAGCCGGCCUCCGUCAACCUGUGGAAGAAGAAACGCAUGGACCGGAUGAUGGUGGAGCAUCUGCUGCGCUGCGGCUACUACAACACAGCUGUUAAACUGGCCAGACAGAGCGGGAUAGAGGAUCUGGUCAACAUUGAGAUGUUCCUCACGGCGAAGGAGGUGGAGGAGUCUCUGGAGAGGCAGGAGACGGCCACCUGCCUAGCCUGGUGCCAUGACAACAAGUCCCGGCUCCGCAAGAUGAAGAGCUGUCUGGAGUUCAGUCUGAGAAUCCAGGAGUUUAUCGAGCUCAUCAGACAAAACAAACGCAUGGAUGCAGUCAGACAUGCAAGGAAGCAUUUCAGCCAGGCGGAGGGAGGGCAAUUGGAUGAGGUCCGGCAGGUGAUGGGCAUGCUGGCCUUCCCAUCUGAUACACAUAUCUCCCCAUACAAGGAUCUUUUGGAUCCUGCCCGCUGGAAAAUGCUGAUCCAGCAGUUCAGAUAUGACAACUACAGACUGCACCAGCUGGGAAACAACUCUGUCUUCACCAUCACUCUACAGGCCGGUCUGUCCGCCAUCAAGACACCUCAGUGCUACAAGGAGGACGGUACCUCUAAGAACCCAGACUGCCCGGUGUGCAGUAAAUCCCUUAACAAGCUGGCCCAGCCGCUUCCCAUGGCCCACUGUGCCAACUCCAGGCUAGUGUGUAAGAUCUCUGGGGAGGUCAUGAACGAAAACAACCCUCCGAUGAUGCUGCCUAAUGGAUAUGUCUAUGGCUACAAUUCCCUUUUGUCCAUCCGCCAAGAUGACAAAGUGGUGUGUCCCAGAACCAAAGAAGUCUUCAACUUCUCUCAGGCGGAGAAGGUCUACAUCAUGUGAUCGCUCAGAUGAACCCGUCUGAGGAUUAACAUGAUCGCUUAUGUCGUUCAUCACCUGGCGUACUCAGAGAGCCACCUGUGGAGCUGUGAUCCAGUGACCCCCCCCACCCUCCCAGACACAUCCGGCAUUUCUCACUACUAUACUACCCCCCCCCUAAAACAUGAUCAUCUUCAGUGUCUUUCUUCCUCUUAGUUUAUCACACAGAAACUGGGAUCCUCUCCUUUCAGACUCUGAGAAAGACGUUGAUUGAUCCGAUUCAUUGAAGCACAUGGACUAUCAACAUCGUCAUCUUCGAAAAGGCCCUCGCUGUGACAUUUACAGAAAGGGACUGAGAGGAUGAACUCCUAGUUAGAUGUUUGAUUUUAUUACAACAAAUAUAAACACUUGUUGAGGUUACUUUCACUUCCCACUAGUAGUGAUCUUUUGUUACUAAAAUAACAUGUGACAGGACUGCGGCAGCCCGCCACAUUAUCCAGAUAAACUCAUGACUUUUGGGCAGAACAAACAUGUCUGCCUCCUGUUCAUGUGGUAGCAUCUCGUUCUGUGAUGCAUGCUGUUGACAUCCUUUGUCUUCUAGCCAUGUUUUUUGGUGGGUUGUUGGGGGGGAUAUAUGCUAAAUGCCUCCUCCACUUUUUUUGCAUUUCAUCCCCCUCGGUUGUGUGACCUGGAGCCUGAUUCGGGCUGCAGUAUGCACCUUUUCAAAUGUAAAUAUUAGAUAGGAAUUGAUCAUCCUCAUGUGUAAAUUGAGAGGUUUUGCGGACAAGUUACAACAACGAAGAUGAACUUUCUACAAAGAUUGCUGUGUGAACUGAACAAGUCUUUUUUUGGUGGUGUUUACCUCAAAUUGGUUGUUCAGUAAAACUUCUGACUUCUGAGGAAGCUUUCAUUAUUCAACAAACUUGUAAACAUUGAUUAUGGUGUAUUUACUAUCAUAAGGAAGUUUACGAAAUACUCAAACAAGACAACCAUCUUUGAUGUUUUUUAAAUUGAACAAAUUGUCUUCCUCUUUAGUGUGUGAGGUUUGCCAUUUUUAGUCAUUUUCAACAGAUGUCACUUAUUUCUUCAGCUAACGGAAAGAGUGCAUUUCUGUGAUUUCACAUUUAUUUUGUUUAAAGAUAAAACCCUAGAUUUGUUUAGUAAAGUCCACAUUGCCCUAAUAGUUGUAAUUUCAGAACUAUUUUUCCAACAAUGAACAAAAUAAUAAAGAGAUGGGACUGCUGAUAUUUGUUUUUCUAUGACUUUUAAAACCCUAAUGUAGAUGAUGGAUGGAAAUGUGAUCGGACCUAGAUGUACACAAAUUUGGACUCAAGUGACAACUAACGCACAAAUAACCUGCAAAUUGUGAAGAAUUUACCUGUAAACACACUAAGCAAUCCAAAAAUGCAGUUUUAUGUUGUUCAGUCUUUCGGUCAACCAUUUCUUCCGUUUUUUCUUUUGUUCAACAAACCAAAAGUUGCCUCAUUUGUGUCCAUAAAUGAUUUGGAAGUGUAUCUGUAAACGACACAGACUGUCCUGUGUGUUUGUGUUGGUAGAAUAGAUAAAGGGAUUGUUUCAUGAGCAACAUGCCUCAUAAAGAUUUCAGUGAACUGUU